UGCGUGCUGUGUGGAGCAGAGCGGAGUUACGCUACGUAGACCGGAUUAGAUAUUCUUUUUUAUUUUCGUCAGGUGUUAAUUUACAGCUUCGCAUUUUUACACGUUUCAAUUACGAACCCGAACGUGAUUAUAUAUUUUUCUUCUGGGCAGACUGGCUUGAAUUAUCAGCAAUGAAAAACAGAGGACAAAGGCAAAGAUGGGAGUACUCCUCUUGUGUGAUUCUGCCUUUCGCUGUUGCACUCUGCUUUAUGGAAAGAGCUUCUGCGCAGAUAAGAUACUCUGUUCCCGAAGAACUAAAACACGGCGCUGUGGUUGGGAAUAUUGCAAAAGACCUGGGACUUGACACUAGCACAUUGACUGACAGGAGGUUCCGUGUUGUUUCUGGGUCUAAGGAGCCGCUUUUUCAGGUAAAUGAGAACAAUGGCGUCUUAUAUGUGAAUAAAAAUAUCGACCGAGAGGAACUAUGUGAGAACAAUAUCGCGUGUUUAAUAAACCUAAAAACGGUGGUUGAGAACCCACUAGAAAUCCAUUAUGUCGGAGUAGAAAUUGUGGAUAUAAACGAUCAUUCUCCCAGUUUCCCCGAGGGAGAGAAACGAUUGGAAAUUGCUGAGUCUACGGUGCCGGGAGCGCGCUUCCAGCUACAGGCUGCGCGUGACCCUGAUCUUGGGGUGAAUUCAGUGCGUUUUUAUAAACUGACUCAAAACGAGCACUUUGAACUGGAGAUAAGAGACAGGGGUGAAGACAAUAAAAUUCCAUUUUUAAUAUUAAAUAAACCCCUGGACAGGGAACAUAAAGCCGUUCACAAAUUGCUUUUAACUGCAUCUGACGGUGGAAACCCACCGAGAUCUGGAACUCUCAACAUCACAGUAACUGUUCUUGAUAACAAUGAUAACAGGCCGCUCUUUGAAGAGGAGGUCUAUUCGGCGACAUUAAGGGAAAAUAUCCCAAUAGGCACUGUGGUAAUAAGAGUGAAAGCAACAGAUGUCGACGAUGGUGCGAAUGGGGAUGUGGUGUAUGCGUUUGGAACUAACUUGAAAAGUAAAGUGUAUGAACUUUUCGAUUUAGACGUUAACACGGGCGAAAUCAAGGUUAAAGGACAAAUAGACUUUGAAGAGUCUGACAUUCACCAGAUUGACAUACAAGCUUCCGAUAAAGGACAGCCCCCCAUGAGCGUAGACUGUAGCGUUAUAAUUAAAAUUGAGGACGUGAACGACAACACGCCCGAGAUAGACGUCACCUCCUUGUCUAACGUUAUUUCCGAAGAUUCAAAGCCGGGAACCCUGAUCUCUCUUGUAAGUGUCAGUGAUAGGGAUUCUGGCGUGAAUGGGCAAGUCGCGUGCAGCGUGUCUGAAGAGCUACCGUUUGAGCUGAAAUCGUCCGUUCAGGAUAACUUGUACUCCUUGGUAACUAAGGUGCGUUUGGACAGGGAAUCGGUUUCCCAGUAUAGUAUAACAAUAAUCGCUAAAGAUUGCGGAGACCCUUCUUUGUCAUCCUUUAAAACCAUAAGUGUUCAGAUAUCAGAUGUGAAUGAUAACGCCCCAGUAUUUUCAGAAAAUCCCUAUAUGCUCUAUUUGGUCGAGAAUAACUCCCCGGGUGCUUCCAUAUUCUCUGUUAGCGCCUCUGAUCGCGAUUUAAAUGAAAAUGCUGAGGUUUCAUAUUAUAUUUUAAAAGGCGACGUGACGGGAAGCGAUCUGUCAUCUUUCAUCAAUAUCAAUCCCGAGAAUGGAAACAUUUAUGCCUUAAAGAGCUUUGACUUUGAAGCACAAAAAAACUUUCUAUUCCAAGUUACAGCCAAAGACGCUGGAGUGCCAUCGCUGAGCACCAACGUCACAGUGAACGUUUUCAUUCUGGAUCAGAACGACAAUGCUCCCGUGAUCUUGUCUCCUUUAAGUUCAAACGGAUCAGCUGAAGCUGUCGUGGAAAUUGCUCGAAACGUUAAUGCAGGGUAUCUCGUAACCAAAGUGCGAGCCUACGAUGCCGAUAUAGGAUACAACGCCUGGUUAUCCUUUUCAGUGCUGCAAAUUACGGACCCCAGCCUUUUUAGCCUGGAACGCUACACAGGAGAAAUUAGGACACUUCGCCCAUUCACGGAAAGUGACGACAGUGAACAGAAAGUGAUUGUACAGGCGAGAGACAAUGGGGACGUUUCUCUCUCAGCGACAGCAACAAUACGUAUCGUUAUAGUUGAAAAGACAGAAUCGUUUGCCGUCUCCGACUUUAAACAUCCGGCUAAACACCAAGAGGACAAUAAUGUGACUUUUUACUUGAUUGUGACUCUGGGAUCAGUUUCGUUUUUGUUUUUGAUGAGUAUCGUCACCCUGGUUUCCAUGCAGUGCUGUAUGCGCAAAAGCCAUGCAAGUGAAAAAAAUGACGCAGAUGCCAGUGGGAACGGAACCCUUUGUCACAGUAUCCAUUACAGAGCCGGGGAGAAAAGAUACAUGUUAGUUGACCCCAGAAUGAGUAUAGGCUCUACAAUUGGUCUUGGAAGCAACGGGAACACUCUAGUUGUCUCAGAGAAGCGAAGGCAAUCUUCCGGAGAGUUUACAGCGCUACACGGGAGAAAUCCGGACACUUCGUCCCCUCACUGAAGCGGACGGCACCGAACAU